AUGCUGUCGCUGGGGGCGACAAUGGACCUGGAGUGGCCCAACAGCCUCAUCAAGCAUCGAGUUCGCGGUGCCUGGCUUGAUAUGUUCGUUCCAGGAGGGAUUGCAGUCUUCUCGCUCCACCUGUAUUGCGACGACCCCAUGGACCCCGACAGGAGCUACGCCACGCACUGCAGGCCCCUCGAGGAUGAGCGGAUAGGCAUCCACGGCAAAGGCGAGAGCAAGGCAGCGGAGUCCGGGGAUGAUUUGGCCGCCCUCGACUUCCGCGGCCCCGCGCAGCUGCGCGCCGACCUCACGGGGGGGCCCAUGGGUCGGGUCGACGACCUCACGUCGGAGUGGACCGACAUCUGGACCCCCAAGGGCAAAUCCCAGGACCCCCUUGAACCCAUCAGUCUGCUCACCAUGGAACCCAUUGGGGAGCCAUUGGCGUCGGCCACGCCUGGCCAGAUCCAAGAGCGCACUAGCAGGUUCAAGGUUGGGGCGGUGAUUGGCGCCGACAGGGCCCACCCCGCGGACUUCGGGAUCCUCGGCGGCGCUGCUCUGGAAUGCGUCGCUGCCCUCUGGUUCUGGAUGGAGUAUUAUGGGAUGUCAUAUGAAGUUCUUGCCGCCAUCAUCCUUGCCAUGAUACCGAUGGCAAUCAGGAUGGAGCACUCGUUCAUCUGCGGCCACGGCGCCGCUUCCGCCCUGGUCGACGCGGCCUUUUGCCAUGAGAAGACGGCGGCGUCGAAGGUCCCCUCGGCGCGCCUCUACAACGUUGCCGACGACAUUACGAGCGGAGCGACGGGCAAGGCGAGGACAGGCUGCUUCCCCGCUGCUUUCAAUGGCGCAUCGGCCAUAGACACGAACAUGUCUAGCCCGACGAAGUUGCGGGCGAUCCCCGGCCAGGCAGGUUUCGGCAAGUCGCCACGGCCACGGCCGUUCCAGCAGUUCGACGGCGGGACCCUCGACCAGGACUGCACGGGCAUAAGGGCGGCAGCAAGGCUCCAGCGCAAGGCGGGGCCCCAGCUCUUCAUGCCCGACGACGCGAUGGACGGCGAGGCGGCCCCGCUGCGCCAUCGCGCUCAGCGGCUCGGCGCCCAGGCCACGAUGAGCCACGGGUGCGACCGCUGUAGGGCGAGGGCCAAGACGCAAGAGGACCUGGAGAGCGGUCGCUGCAAGGCCCAGCCCGCCGCCGUGGAGGAGGCCCACGAGUCGCACGCGCUGAUGGUCGCGGGCACGGUGGUUUUCUGCAACCAGGCGCAGAGGCCUCCACCGACCCGCGCUUGCUUGCGCGCGCUGCCGGCGGCGGCCGCCGAGCCCACGGCUCCAGGCGCCAUGGCCUCCAAGCAGGCCUCCGCCGCCUUCGUUGGCCUGGUGCAGGCCACGGCUGGCGCCAUGGGCGGCGUAGCCGCGGCCGCCGCCCUCAUGCCGCUGGAGGUGGCCAAGACCCGCAUCGCGAUCGGCCAGGCCGAGAGCAGCUCCAUAGUGGCAGCCAUCAGGGAGAUCCUGGAUUCCGCUGGCGCGCUGGGCCUCUUCGCCGGCGUGGGGCCGAAGUGCGUCGAGACGGGCACGAGGAAUUUCAUCUAUUUCUACAUCUACGAGUCGCUGAGCAUGAUCGUGAAGAGCAAGCUUGGCAAGCAGGGCACCAGGGGGAAGCUCCUCCUGGGCUACUUCGCCGGCGUCGGCACCAUCAUCUCGACAAUGCCUCUCGAGGUGCUCUCCACCCAGAUGCAGAGCGAGGAGGCCGCGGGCCUGAGCGCCCUCACAGUGACCCGUAAGCUGCUCGGUAAGGAAGGCAUCGCGGGGCUUUUCCGCGGAUUCUGGUUCAAUAUCCUCUUGUGCGUCAACCCUGCGAUUCAGAACACCUGCUUCGACUACAUGAAGGCUGUGGUGCUGAUGCUCCGAAGGAGGGCGAACCCGAACAGGCGGGCAGUGCUGACGGCCUUGCAGGCGUUCUUGCUCGGCGCCGUCGCCAAGGCCCUGGCCACGGUCAUCACCUUCCCGCUCGUGCGGGUCAAGACGCUGCUGCAGUGCGCGCCCGCCGACGACGCGCCCGCGGCGCGGGCCGCUGGCGACGACCACCCGGCCACCGCGCCUGUGGCGCUGCCGAAGAAGCAGGAGCAGGAGCGCGGCCGCGACGUCCUGGCGAGGAGAUUCUCCCAGCUGUACCGGGGCCUCAACUCCGCCCUCUGGAAGAGCGUGCUGCAGGCAGCACUGCUGUACAUGACGAAGGACCAGGUGGAGACGGUCGUGGUCAGGGUGUUCAAAAUCUGUGCAAAGACAAUGCGUCGGAUGGAUGGCACCCUCAAGCUGGGCGCCACCUCCGGCCGGCCGCUGCCGGUCUCCUGA